GACUGAUAGCCUCCGCCACUGGAAGCGGCCAUGUUUUCCACCCCGCGCAGCUGAGGCGGCCCCGAAACAAAACAUAAAAAUUGAUCUCUAUCUAUCUAUUUGUGAGCGUAAUGGAUUCCUGGGUACGCUUCACGGCGCAGAGCCAGGGCAGGGAGCGUAUCUUCAGAGCUGCUCAGUAUGCCUCUGCUUUGAUUGCUUACUCACUACAGAGGAGUGGAGCGAGCCCAGAGCUGGUUAUCUGCGUCAAACAAUUGGAGGCACAUUUGAGUUUGGCACGCAAGUUGUUCCGGUUGGGGAACUCAGCUGAAGCGUUGGAGGCCGCCAAGCGUGCCAUUCACCUGUCGGACCUGGUGCUGCGGUUCUGCAUCACAGUCAGCCACCUGAACAGGGCCAUGUACCUGGGCUGCGACAACCUGCUGUGGGCUGGCAAGGUGGGACUGGCCACUGCACUGGACCAGGAGAAGUGGAGCCAGCGCUCGUUCAGGUACUACCUCUUUGCACUCAUCAUGAACCUGAGCCGUGAUGCCUACGAGAUCAGCGUGCUAGCGCAGCGGGAGGCCCAGGUCCAGAGCAAAGUGGAGGCCGAGGCCGACAGCAGCAAUGGCAGGCCCUCCUGUGCCAGCGCCACCCUGCUGGCAGGCAGGGUGCGGGCGCACCUGGGGCUGCUCUGCCACGUGCUGAGGGCCAACCCCCCGCUGCUCCUGGACGUGCUGAAGAACUGCUGUGACCUCUUCAUCCCCCUGGACCGGCUGGGCCUGCUCAAGACCAGCCCGGGGGUCGUGGCAUUCUGCGGGCUCUCCUCGUCCAUUCUCUCGAUCCUCACCAUUUCCCAGCCUUGGCUUAAACUGAAGCCCUAACAGAGCGCGGGGAUCCAGGCCCACGCCUGACUGAGGGGACAGCGCAGAGAAUAAAAGACUGAAUUUACUUUCAUUUGUAUCGUUGCCAAGAAAAGCUGAGACGACCCUGCUGCGUUGGCCCGUGGAGGCAGGGAUGAGAUAGGUGCAUGGGGCUGCCAGUAAACAAAGCCUUAUUUAUGUAGCCGACAGCAAACAGAAUCUGCUGACUCAUCGAGAAAUGACCCAGCAGAAUCUGCUGACUCAACGUAGCAAAGAAUACGAUCUGCUGACUCAGCAAAAAGACAAACAGAAUCUGCUGACUCAACAAGAAAUGACAGCGACAGAAUUGUCCGACUCAGCAAAGCGAUCGACAGAAUCUGCUGAAUCGACAAAAAAUGUAAUCUGCUGACUAAGCAAGAAAUGACCAACAGAGUUCACUGGCUCAACAAACCGAUCGGCAGAAUCUGCUGACUCAACAGGAAAUGACCAGUGGAUUCUGCUGACUCAAUGAAAACACGACUGCCAUUACCUGCUGAUUGAACAAAAUGGCCAAUGGAAUGCGUGUGUGGAGCGUCCCGGCAGGAAUGCGGAAAAUCUCAGCCCAGGCACAACUGCGACAGGAGAGCCCAUGACUCCUGUGCCUCGUUGCUGAGCAGGAACACAUGAUGCCAAUCCCCCUCCCCGCCUACCCGCCACCACAAGCCUUCCCCCAAAAAAUAACUCACGAGGACACAGCCAUCAGGUUGGCGAGGCUCAGAGAGCAGCUUUGUCACUGGCACCCAGUGAACUGGGAUGUGCGGAGCCCUGCCAAUCACCCUUUGCUCCAGCCCGUUGAACUGAAAGGCGUUGAUCAUUCCCACCCCCCCAACCCAACGUCUCUGCGUCCAGCGGAUGUUAUUACCCUUCACAAACUUUGCACGUCGUCUCCCCUCCCCUUACCUGCUACAUUGCUGCACUCAAGGCACGGGUGUUGAUAAAUGGCCACCUUUUGGACCUUGGCGAUCUCUCGUCCUGUCCGAAUGUUGGUUCCAUCUGUGCUCGAUUCAGAUCCCAAUUCCACACUCAUUUCAGUUUCUGCUUCCUGGGGUGCCGUUAAAAAAAGCUGAAUAAAAGGAAUGUUGCAGCA